AAACGGAGCCUCAGGACCACUUCUUCUCUUCAUUUCCGUUCGUCCACUUUCUAACCGUCUCUUUCAAUCUCCACCGUCCGAUCUCAUCUCUUCACCCACGAAUCCCCCAUUUUACCCCUACAACUUCGCUCUAAUUACCGUUUUACCCCGUUUCACUUUUCUUCUCCAACUAAUUUCUCACUCUUCGGUGUGAGUGAGUGCCAAGAAUCACUCGCUUUCCAAUCCCAAGCUAUAUAUAUAUAAAUACACGCAUAUAUGCGUACUGUUCGUUUUUACUUUCCACAGUUCUGUUAGAGAGAUAUAGAGAGAGAGGGAGAUGGAAGCGUACUUGAGAUGCGAACGGGUUGUGAUGGCGGAGACGACGCCAAUGGCUGCGAUGGUGGAGGCUGGAGCUGCUGCGUUCCGGGGGAAAGAUGGAGAGGUGACGAUCAUCAGCUCUAGUAAGCGGAGAAAGGUUGUUUCUCCGUCCGAUCAUUGCGAGGUCUAUUGUUUGUCGGAGUGCUCUGUUUCUCCGGCGUCUUCAUUGCCGGCUUCAGAGUGCGAGGGCUCUAGCUACGCGGAGGAAAAAGCUUUGGAUCUGAAGGAGAAAGGUUUUGAGACGGCCGAUACAGCAAACAGCACCGGCAAAUUCAGCGGGGAGACGACGGCAAUAACUGGACUUAGCCAAGGAGACUCAGGAACAGAGGUGGAUUGCUCGAAGAAGAUAUCAAAGGCGGAGAAAGCAUCAUCGGCAGGCGGCAAAGAUAAUACACCGUCUGCGGCAGAGAUUGAAGAGUUCUUCUCCGCUGCUGAAAAGUACCAGCAAAAAUUGUUCAUGGAAAAGUACAACUACGAUGUAGAGAAGGACGUACCUCUGGAAGGGCGGUACAAGUGGGUUCCAUUGAAGCCUCCCUGUUCCCAGGUGAUCAUCAAAGUCGGUGAAGAUGAACAGCUUAGCCGCAGUUGAUAAUUUUCUUAAUCCAUCAUUUGUCUUUUGUCCAGUUUAUAUCCUGCUCACUCUAGCUACUUACUUGAUCUUAAUUAUAUUUUUUGUUAAUUAAUGAUCAGUUGCACACGAUUAAUCGUGCAAAUCCUUCUUCCAUUUCUUUGAAGGUUAUGUUUUUCCAACAUUUCAGCUAUAUCAAUCUCAAUUAGGACAUUCUAAUCUAAG